UUCUCGCCAAGAGGAAAAGAAAUUCACCGAAAUCCAGUUCAUUCUCCGUCCGCCUCGUUCAUGGCCUCCAUUGCAGCAUCGAUCCAACCUCUCAAGACCUCCGCCUUCUCUUCUCCACUUCGAGUGCUCGCCUUCUCCCGUCCUUCUCUCAAUCCACUCCUCUCUCGCUCCUAUGGCAUGGCUGGCGUUGCCCCCAUCUCCCAGCCCCGCCGUUUCCCCUCCAAGCCCCCUGGCUCAUCACUCUCUGCUCGAUGCUUUUCCGCGUUGAGUCCGGAGCUGAAAUCGACAUUGGAUAAGGUGGUGAAGUCCCACAAAGUGAUUCUUUUCAUGAAGGGCACCAAGGAUUUCCCUCAGUGCGGCUUCUCCAGCACUGUUGUGCAGAUUCUCAAUUCAUUGAAUGUGCCGUUCGAGACUCUCAAUAUCCUGGAGAAUGAAAUCCUUCGCCAGGGCUUGAAAGAGUAUUCCAAUUGGCCUACCUUUCCUCAGCUCUACAUUGAUGGCGAGUUCUUUGGUGGCUGUGACAUCACAGUUGAAGCAUACAAAAAUGGACAGUUGCAGGAGCAGUUGGAGAAAGCAAUCUGUUCCUAAAUGUUGUUUCAGCAUGAGAAUUAUCAGCAUAGAGGAAUUAAAGAAUGGGAAGUGACAGGUGCUGUUGGAGAAAGCAAUUUGUUCCUUAAUGUUGAUUCAUCCUGAGAUAAGAAAUUGAGUUCUGUGGUUUAUACUUAAUUUUCUGUGAGCAUGUCUUUGCAGUCUUGCAUGAGUAUCUUAUUUGUUGUUAUCUGUGCCCUUAAAUAAUGACUAGUUCUUUAGUUACAGCUAUAUGCUCUGAUUAUCACCAGCAACGCUUAUUAUUAUGGAUGAUGCCUUUAUAUCAGAUUUAAAUUACCAACUGUGAGUUGCUCUUCCCGAU